GCAGGCACCAAUAUGUUUGUAGCUUUCAAUUGGCUAAAACAGACUAGACCUUGGCUUCUUACUAUGGAAACAGGUACCAAUAUGCUAAAAUUACCCCACAUUUGCAGACUUUAUAAGUAAUUAACUUUUUAUUAAUUAAUUUAUGGCAAAAAUGAAUUUCAUUUCCACAAUUAGCAUACAAAACAACAUGAGUACACCAAAUUUGAAAUCAAAUGGAACAAAAUUAAAAGAAUUAAAAAGUGUGAGCCAAACCGAAAAGGUACCAAAGUCAGAUUCAGUGUAAAAAAAAAAAAGUUGCAUCGAUAUACCAAAUUUGAAACAUUUCACUUAAUCUUAAAAUUAAAAAAUCUGUGACAGCAACAGAAAAGAACCCCUUACACAAACAACUCUAGGAUCUGUAAAUGCUUCUUCUAUUUCUCCCAUUUCUUUCUGUUCAUGCUUGACCUCUUUAAUAGACAACAUUCUCUCCUUACUAACUAGAAUCAUCUCCAACAGUGAUGUAUUAAAUUCUACAACUAUUGAGGAGUCUUAGAUUGUUGGUUUCAGAGUUGAGUAAAUUGAUUGCUGAGUCUUUCACAAUUUACAGUCAAAACACAUUUUAGCCUCUACUCUUUUUGAUCACUUACAUCAAUAUUCAAGAUGCUACUUAUUUAUUACAAGUGCCAAAUUUUCUAGAGGGUGAGCUCACACUUUACUGGGGCUUAUUUAGCCCAGAUGAGCUCUACAUUUCCAUUACUCUCAGUCAGAGUUGAUGUAUGUGAGAAAUGAGUUUUCAGUAUGACAAUCCUUCUCCUCAAUUCCAGAAGGACUAUCAUGCUGACUGAAUGACGGUCACUUUGCUCACCAAAAUUAUAUAAACCUAAUUAUUAAACAUGCCAUAACCUGAGUAAAUAUCCCCUCAAUUCUGAAGUCAGUGGGUUGUCCAAGGAAACUAAAAAGAAACCCAAUACUCAUUACUUGCUACUUAGCGAGACACGUAUACUUUAUAUGGGAUAUCAUUGUUAGGGGGGAUUCUUUGUAAUCAGCAUCUAUUUGCUUACUGCUUUUUGCACAUUUGAUGUGUUGACUAUGAAAUCACUUGCAUGUUUUGGGGGUUUGUUUUCAUUGUUGUGGGUCUCCUUUGAACUUCUUAGAGGGUCAGUAAUUGUUAAGGUUUGAUAUAUUUUCUGGUAUUAAAAUAAAGGACCAGUCUUUAAGAUGCAGACCUAGCUUUAUUAAGGAUGUGUGUUUACCAUGAGAUCUUCAGUGAUAGUUAGGUCUGACAUUUGGAAUGAGUGUAAGGUCUCCAGCUGUGUGCUUCUCAUGCUUAAGGAAAGUAAGGCAUGAUGUUGUGCUCUUGAAAUUAAUUGUGCUUACUUUUUGCUGUUGAAAACGAUUGACAUGACUCCAUUGGAGGAUUUGUUUCAUGUCUCUAUUCAUAGAAUUAGUGCAGGUGUUGAGAAAACAUGUGUAUGCCAACCAUGUCUUCAAUUUACAAAACACCUGAAUUGGAGUUUAUGCUGUUGUGAUUACUUCAAAAUUCCUCUGAUUUUACAAACUACUCAUUCCUACAAUUUGUCUUGUGUACUUUCAUUAAGGUAGUGAUUUGUUGUUAUUCUUAGGUACUGCUAGCCAAUUUUUCUUCAGAAGAUAUUUUUUAUAGAGACAGUUUCUUACCUAGAGAUCACAAAGAUUGAUGAAGACUAUAAUGAAAAAUCACCUCUAGCCCUCUCCUUUUUCAGUGACAAUUUGUAUGUUUUUCAUAGAAGUAGGUUUAAUGUGGACUUGUUCUCCUAUGUUACUUAUCAGUAGUCUCUUUGCCCUAAGGAAUUCAAUGAAAAUAAUGUUGUGCUUGACAUCAGCAAAGCAUUUGAUCCUGUCUAGCACAAGUUUCAGUGUAAUAGAUAUUAAACUAAUCAAAAUGGCUAAACAUAAAAUGUAUAAAAUAAUCAACCAUAAGUGUUUUAAUGCUUUAAGGUUCUUAAAUUUUUAUUUAUAUUAUAGAUUCACCACAAUUACUACAAUGGCUAGUUCAGCUAUUACUGCCAGGUUCUUGCCUCCUGUGGAAAUAUUUUUAAAAAAUCUCAGUACACCAGAAGGAAAUUUAAGCUAUGAAGUUGAAAGAUUAUUGACAUUUGCUGAGAAUAUGCAUCCAAAGCUAACAGCUAUUGAACUUGCUACAAAUGGUUAUUAUUAUGAUACUACAGAAGACAGAAUAAUGUGCUUUUCCUGCAAAAGUGUAGUUAAAUUUUCAGAUUCUAGUUUCAAACAUAAAAAUCCAUGUAGAUACAAAUUUGACAGUAUUCCAGUCUUUUUAUAUGAUGAAACAGAUGGUGAAAAUGCAGCAGCUGUUAAUAUUCCAAACACUAUUCUGGAAACUGAUUCAGUGAUACCCAAAAAAGAGACUUUAAAUAAAAAUGAAAUGCUUGAUAUGCAAAAAAGACUGGAUACCUUUAAAAACUGGAACAGAAGUACUCCAGUAACACCCACAGACCUUGCCAAGAGUGGAUUUUAUUUCUUAGGAUAUGGAGAUGCUGUUAAGUGUGCAUACUGCUCUGUCCAACUGCGCAACUGGAAAGAAAAUGAUGAUGUCCAUGAAGAACAUUCGUGUUUUAGUCCGACAUGUCCAAAUUUAAAAUCUUUUAUUAAAAAGGAUUUGAAAUCUGAACUGAAUCGGAUAAAAAGUUUUCUUAAGUGGUCAUCUUACCCAUUAAAACCUAAUGAUUUGGCAGCUAAUGGUUUCUUCCACAAGGGGCCUGCAGAUAAUGUCUGUUGUGUUUUUUGCAAAUGUGAAAUCAAAAAUUGGAAAGCCAAUGAUAAUAUUAAAGAAAAACAUAGGUUAGUUUCUCCAAACUGUCCCUUCUUGUGUGAGGACUUCGUGGAUAAUAUACCAAUACCAACUAAGAGUGAUAUAAUAUUUGACCGUCCAAUACAUCCAGGUCUUUCUUUGUACGGUGAACGCCUUAAAACAUUCUCUUCAUGGCCCAAAGAUAAAAAACAACACCCUGAAGCUCUAGCUGAAGCUGGAUUUUAUCACAAUGGAAAAGCUGAUACAGUAAUUUGUUUUAGCUGUGAUGGUGGCUUAUGUAAUUGGGAGGAUGAUGACAAUCCAUGGGAAGAACAUAUUCGGUGGUUUCCAAGAUGUACUUUUGUACAGAAAGAAUCAAGUUACACCAGAAAAGAAAAAGUGAUGGAUGCUACUUUACAAGUUCAAACAGAGUCUUUUGAAUCUGACACAAUGGGUGGAUUUAGGAAUAUGGAAGAUAACACAACUAUAUCAGAUGGCCUAGCUUCAGCUUUCCAGAAACCUAAACUAUCAUAUAUGGAAACACCUACAGUUCUGGCUGUUCUGUCUAUGGGCUAUAAACGAAAUACAGUCAAAAGAAUUGUGAAAAACAAAAUCAAAGAAACAGGAUCUUGUUUUUCACAAGCAUCAGAUUUACUUGUUGCAAUCGAGAACAGUCCUCAUUUCAAUGAUGAUGAUGAUGAUGAUGAUAAAGAGGAGCUCGUCCAUGCAGCAAUAAAAAAUUACUCUGAAACGUCAGCUACAGCAAGUGCGGAUUUAAUUGCAGAGAAUAAUAUGCUAAAAGAACAAAAGCUUUGUAAAAUCUGUUUGGAUGAAGACUUGAGUGUGGUAUUUUUACCAUGUGGCCAUUUGGUCAGUUGUGUAUCAUGUGCAGCUGCUCUCAGCAACUGCCCUUUAUGUCGGAAAAUAGUUCAUGGAAUGGUGAAAAUAUUUUUCUGAGUUAUGGAGGAGAUCAAUAAGUGAUUCAUCAACUUUUAGACAUUAUAUUAUGUUGACUUAUUUAUUUACUAAACUGACAAUUACAAGAAUAUACAUACAUGUAUAGCAUAUUA